UCUGGAAGUGGCACGUGCGGACUCUAAGCUUCAAGAUGGUGCAUGCUAAGAGCUGGACCCUGAAGAAGCACUUUGAAGGCCCCCCUACCAGUAGUAACUUUGAGCUCAAGACUACUGAGCUCCCACCCUUAAAAAAUGGAGAGGUCUUGCUGGAAGCUUUGUUCCUCUCCGUGGAUCCUUACAUGAGAGUUGUCGCCAAAAAUUUGAGAGGUGACACGAUGAUGGGUGAGCAAGUGGCCAGAGUCGUGGAAAGUAAAAACUCAGCCUUCCCAACAGGAACUGUUGUACUGACUUCAUCAGGCUGGACAACGCACUCCAUUUCUGAUGGGAAGGGAUUAGAACAGCUGUCUGCAGAGUGGCCCAAAAAGAUACCACUGUCCUUGGCUCUGGGGACAGUAGGCAUGCCAGGCCUAACUGCCUACAUUGGUCUAGUUGACAUCUUUGAUGUGAAGGAAGGAGAAACAGUUCUGGUCAGUGCCGCAGCAGGAGCAGUGGGCUCUGUUUUUGGGCAGAUAGCAAAGCUAUCGGGCUGCAAAGUUGUCGGAUCAGCAGGGUCUGAUGAAAAGGUGGCCUAUCUUAAAAAGAUUGGAUUUGAUGUUGCCUUUAACUACAAGACAGUAGAGUCUUUGGAAAAAGCUUUGAAAGAAGCCUCUCCUGAUGGGUAUGAUUGUUAUUUUGACAAUGUUGGUGGAGAGUUUACAAACACUGUUAUACACCAAAUGAAAAAAUUUGGAAAAAUUGCGAUAUGUGGGUCCAUUUCUACCUAUGACCGUACUGACAACCUUCCCCCAGGCCCAUCCUCAGAGGCUGUUAUCACUCUACAAACUCGCACAGAUGGAUUCAAUUACACCCGCAGGCAAGGAGAGGAUCGCCAGAAGGCUCUGAAAGAUUUGAUGACUUGGGUGUUAGCGGGUAAAAUCCAGUAUCACGAACAUGUCACUGAAGGAUUUGAAAACAUGCCAGCAGCAUUUAUGGGAAUGCUGAAAGGAGAAAAUCUGGGGAAGGCAAUAGUGAAAGCAUGAGAAAAAUGACACCUGGAAUCCUCAUUGGAUGUUCAUCUCCUUUUCUCCUGCUUGCUCUAAAUGUAUACUGCCUUAAUUAUCUAAGAAUUAGUCACUGUAAUGAGUUUAAUCUACCCAAAAAACACAUGUAAGUGGUUUGUAAUUAGUGACAGAGCAUGAAAAUUAACUGAUGAACACCACCACUCAC